AUGGCCGAGAAGUUUGCCGCCAAAAAUUUAGGCGAGGAAACAAGCUUUGAUUUCGAUUUCAUGCAGGAACGAGCCUCGGCGGGCCAGCACAGGUCGGGGUUCAGAGCAUCUACAUUCUUCAAUACCUACUACAUUUGCGAGCUCGUUAAAGUCGGGCGACGACGCGGCAUGGCGGCCGAAAUGAUGGACAUAGACGAUGUUGAUCUGUCCCAGGACCAUGCUGAUCUAUCUCAGAAUUCGCUCAGCGAAGCAUCAGAAACUGCUCUAGCCUUCAUCGAGCAGUCCCUCGAGCGAGUGUGCCAUGAAAUGCAGCAAGGUGAGGCGAGUAGUCCUGCCAUCUAUCUACGCCGACUCGAUCGAUACGAUGUGGUCUCCAGUCAAAAUCUCGUAGGCAACGGACACAGAGCGAAGGACCAUCCAGUCAAGUACUCCUGGCCAGGCAAGACGGCUGGUGAAGCAUGGAGAUUUGGUUUGAUAUCCUCCCUAGACCUUUCUGAACCCACUGAUCUCGAUCAAGCAUGUGCUCUUGCUGUACUGAACUCCGUACAUGCUGCGAUCAGCUCUGGCAACGGCGUCACGAAACGAGACAUCUACUAUGCCGAUCCAGAGCUGUUCGGUGACCAAAGUGUGGUUGACAGACUGAUUGCUGACAUCGCUCACACCUGUGAAGUCCCUCGCGCUGCCCUGUUCGUGACAGCGAGCCCCAAAGGACUUUUCCUGGUUCCAGGCCAAGCGAGCGAUGAACCCCAGACAAUCCCUCUGAAUCCUCCAUCAAUGCGCGACAUCAAUUGGAUCUUGGUGGUCGAAAAGGAGGCCACGUUCAACACUCUGUGCGAGAAGGGAUUUCACGCUCUCAGUCGAAGUGGUCAGGGCAUGCUUGUUACGGCCAAAGGCUACCCAGAUCUCGCAACUCGCCAGUUCUUGCGCUUGUGCUGUAGAUCGGCUGCUGUCCCACUACCGGUCUUCGGGUUGUUCGACUAUGAUCCAUACGGCAUUGACAUACUGAAGUGCUACCGAUCGGGGUCUAAAGUCUCAGCUCGAGAAGCCGACCUCAGUCUUACCGAAAUGCACUGGCUUGGCAUCAGAUCUGCUGACAUCGUCGAUCUCGCCUCCACGUCGGCGCUGUCUCUCACGCAAUCCGACCGGAGAAGAGCAACGAAGCUCAUCGAAGGUAUGACCUCUGUAACCGGCGAAGUGCCAGAAGAGAUGUUCGAAGGUCGUGCAGAGCUACAAAGUAUGCUCGUGCUCGGCUGCAAAGCAGAGAUCCAGAUCCUGGGCGACGACAUCUGUCGCUGGACUGAACAAAAAAUGCUCGACAUCAUGUCGAGGUGA